GGAGGGGGUUACGCACCUUUCUCGCCUUGUUAACUAAAGGGAGAAACUGCAUAUCAGCUACGGAUAUCGCAGAGACGGGAACAAGUGUAAAGUUAAAGCUGAUGGACGAGUGGGGAGGUGAGCCUCAUAAUGACGAAAGGCCAAAGUGUGGACGAGCAACGGGUAGAAAAAACGUGCAAGAGGAGUGAGCGGUUGUGAAACUGUAGACUCGUAUUGGGAGGAAUAUCACUCAACACGACACUCGACAAGGCUGACUGUAUGGUCUGUCUGACUGUCGGUCGGUCCUGUUGCUGCUUGGCUGAGCAAACCGAAACAAUGGAGCGGAAUGUGAUGAUAAAGGAAAGCGUCGCUAGUCAGUUAUUAUGCUUACUGAUGAGGGCUGCCAUGACCUGUUUAACGGACGGGUUACAUGCCCGUGGAUGGACGGUACGAGUAUUUGAAGCAGCUCCUUCGCUACAAGGAGUCAAGCAAGGACUUGGCCAGACCCGGACUUGCCCUGCCAGCUCUGGGACUGGAACUCAGCUAGUGAAACCCCGAGAUCUGGAACCUUUGUUGGUCAGAACCGAAUUCCUCCUUCCACGCAAAGCAGGUACUGUACCGUGCUGCGCGGGGGGUUCCUGCCGCUUGCAACCCACUCAGUCCCGUCUAAGCCGCUCUCGAUGCGGCGUGAGUGGGAACCGACAGUUUCGUCAAACGCGCAAUCUUCCAAAUUGAAAUCCGGAUUCCGUCUUGCGAGGUAACCCGGCUUCUGAUAAACCUACCUAAUAUGUACGCGUGGUGCUUAGGCCG